UCUGACAUAUAUUCUCUCUUUUAUGAACCUACGAGGCGUGUGAUUAUAAGGGAGAACUCUCAACUGGAACACUCACACGCUACACGUAUAUGUCGUAAGGAGCAUUCUCCCGUAAGCAUAAACUUCAUAUACUCGUAUACUACAAACAUUCAUAAAUUCCGAUGGGUAAACACGAUAGGCAGAGCUCCAGCUCUGGAGUUACGCUGGAACAACUAAAUACUGUUUUGGAAGCACAGACUGUCAAAUUGACAAACGAAUUCAAGAAGGAACUUGCAGAUGUGAAACAGGCUAUUGGAUAUGCGCAGGAUUUAGCUACGGAGAAUAAAAAGGAUAUCCUAGCCAUCGAAACUCGCAUCGCCGCUCUUGAGAAACAAGCUGAUGAGAGUUCUCAAUCAUCUAAUAACAGCCUGCGACAAUUAAACAAGGCCAUUGACGCCCUCCACGCAAAACAGGUGGAUAUGGACAUAUAUUCACGUCGCAGUGCCUUGCACUUCGCCAACAUUCCUGAGGCAGAGGGUGAGAUAUGUGAAGAUGUAAUUCGCGAGUUCUUAAGGACAAAACUUAAUGUCGACCCUACGGAAAUGCGUUUUGAGAGAGUACACAGGAUACCCCUGGGCCCCAAGAAAAACUUUAAAUACACACGCACGAUUACUGCCAAGUUCAAUUGGUUCCAGGACCGCGAACGUGUUUGGAACAAACGCUUUACUCUUAAAGACGUCCCGGGGAGAUACAUAAUCAGUGAAAGCCUACCGUACGAAGUGGAAACCAAUAGGAAGAUCUUGUAUCCUAUCUUCAAAAAGGCAAAGGCCAUGAAUAUGCGAGCCUCGCUAUUUGCCGACAAUCUGAUCUUAGAGGGCGUGAAAUUUCGAGUGAAUACUUUGCACACACUGCCAGCGGCUUUUGCCCCUUUUGACAACACGUAUAUAAAGAAUGACGAUCUCAUGCUUUAUAAUAGUGACACUAGUCCUCUUGGACCAAAUUUUUACUCAUCUUUUAGCGAAAAGGGAGUAAUCUUUAAGUCACUUACACAGUACAUUGCCUUCCAAAAAGCCCUAGCCUUCGAUAACGUCAAGAUCGCAGAAUCAAUACUUACGGCGAAAAACCCACAGGAUUGCAGACGUAUUAUCCGGGGCCUUGAUAUGGGUGCAAACGUCGGUAAAUGGCCAGAUUGCCUCAAGGAAUUUCUUACCAAAGGUAAUAGGCUUAAGUUUACCCAGAACGAGCAACUGAAGGCAGCACUAAUGACCACCGGCUCGAAUAAGCUAGGGGAAUGCAACCCUUUCGACCCUUUAAGCGGGAACGGCUUACGUCUGAAUGACCCAGCAUCAACCGACACCACUAAGUGGACUGGCCAGAACCUAGGAGGCUUAUCAUUGAUGGCGGUUAGAGACGAACUCGGGAAGCCCUAAAUAUAUAUAUUAUACUGUGUGGACGAGAAAGACUGACUCUAUCUUUUCCAGGUGAAAAUCAUCCUGCAUUAUAACAAAAUGCAUUUAGCUAACUCCACAUACAGUUUUAUAUGGGGACUCAUGCUAAACAAACACAGUUAGGUAUAUUGAUCAAAGACUGACAUUUAUUUUUUU